AGAAGAAAAAAAACUGAGGAACACUUUGUUCAUUACCGGCGUUUUAUUUAGAAGCAGAAGGUCGUCUGCUGUUUGUCGGAAUUUGACCGAAUUCUUGGUUAGAAAUAACAAAUACGGCGUACUUGUGACGGAGUUGGUGUUAACGAGGCACAGGGAUGUGAGUUUUACUGAAAAAUACUAAAACGCGGCUAUACGUCGCGUUUUCUCGGGCUGUUAUGAAACAUCGUUAGCGGUUAGCCGCCGACUACUAUCCUGUCGUUUAGGUUCGGAGCUAAAACGUCGACGGUUCGAGUCAAGCUAAAUCUUGUCGGACUAAAAUAUUUGGGCUCGAUUAUUCAACCUCUCCAACGCUGUGGGUUUAGGGCUGGUACUUACCGUGACUGAGAUCCGGGUCUCUGCGGCUAUUUCGACCUAGGACCUCCCUUAGACGGACGCGGUGGCUGGUUUGAUGGCAGCCACAGCCGGUGCCCGGAGGUUACCGAUGGGUGUGCGGACAUUCAGCGACUUUCUCCAGAUCGCCACCGUGGGCUCCCCUCGCACGUGUCGUCCAGCUGUGCAAAGAGGAUGCCUCAGCCAAAACAUCAGACACCUGUCAUCGUGUGGCAUUUUGAUGACCAGAACUCCCAAGCUGCUUUGUGUUCAAGAAUGGGAUGCGAUGGCGGCUGCUCCUCAAAGCAGAAACUUCAUCAGCCUCACCAACAAGAGGAAGGAGUACUCGGAGCGCAGGAUACUCGGGUAUUCUAUGCAGGAAAUGUACGACGUGGUGGCCAAUGUUGAUGACUACAAGCUCUUUGUGCCUUGGUGUAAGAAGUCCCAGACCAUCAUGAAAAGAGCAGGUCACUCCAAAGCCCAGCUUGAAGUGGGAUUCUCUCCUGUGAUAGAGAGAUAUACCUCCAUGAUCACUUGUGUUAGGCCCCACCUAGUCAAAGCAGUGUGCACGGAUGGAAAACUGUUCAAUCACCUGGAGACGAUUUGGCGCUUCAGUCCUGGCAUUCCUGGUUACCCUCGCACCUGCACUGUAGACUUUUCUAUAUCCUUUGAGUUCCGCUCCUUGCUGCACUCCCAGUUAGCUACCAUGUUCUUUGACGAAGUCGUGAAGCAGAACGUUGCUGCGUUCGAGCGGCGAGCCAGCAAGCUUUACGGUCCAGAGACUCGAAUCCCCCGAGAGCUGAUGUUUCAUGAGGUCCAUCAGACGUGAUAUCAGCAACCGCCUGCCCCUCUCAUCUGGCCUUAAUCCAUACCAGCUUUCAUCCUUUUGGCCCACUCAGACCUGCAUGAUCCAAAAUAGUCCAGCCCUCGCAGAAAGCGCUACACACAAAUAGCGGUAAUCGAGGAGUCCCAACUCUUGUAAGCUGGAAUUCCUGCUCCAAAAAGUUCCAGCUGAUCUCUGCUCUCCUGUAUAGUGGCGUCCACUCUUUUCAGCCUCCUCCUUGUUCAGCAGAAGCGGCCAUUAUUCUCGCUCUGUUGCAGUUACAAGCUGUAUUUAUGCAAGCAAAUGAGUAAAUCAAUUCAACAAAACAUUUCUAGUGUUUGUUAUUGAAAUGAAACACUUGCAAAUAAUUAUUUUUCUACUAGGGCACAGAGGCCCUCUGUGGCUUGGACCUAUUCUCAGGUUUCAUAGGUUACUUUGACCUGAUCAUAAUGUGCUUGUGACACAUCGGCAUGUCAGUUUCAGCACUGGGAUCAGCUGGACAUACUACAUUCUUCACUUUUCCUUUUACCCUUUGUUCUUCAGUUGUUACUAUAUUGUUUGAAAGAAAAGUAGUGCUUCUGCUGCGCAAAAUUUUCAUUUUAUUCUUUUUAAUUUAUUCAGAGGUGGAAAUUUUUUUUUAAUCCAAGCUUGUAAACGGUGCCAUGUUUUUGGAACGCCAAGCGUGCUUCUCACUGUGACAGUAUUAAUGCUUUCAUUAUUGUCAUUUCUUCACUGGCAAAUUUGGUCUCAUAUAAACCGCUUUGGGGGUUUAGCUUUAAACUCAUCUGUCGUGCUGUGAUGAUUGUAAUUUUAAACAUUGAGACCUCACCUACCACCUGUCAUCAAUGCCUUAUUUUCAAAGCCCCUGUUCAAGAAACUGUCAGCUCUUUGAAGCCAACCACAUUUUGCACAACCCCCCCCCCCCCCAAGUAAAGUCAUGAAAAUGCUGAAGGUUCUGUCAAAAAAAUGCAGCUGACAGGACCAGACCCAGCCGACGCAGUUUAUGUAAGACAGGCGGCUUUAUUUUUGAUAUUUUACGGUUGAGAUUCCUAAAGAAAUGGAGGAUGGCACUUUAUGUGAUCACUUUUGAUGCUGCUGAGAGUUUAGAUGAGAAACACAUUGUGUACCCAAGAAAUGAUCUAUUCCAAGUCAUCCAUCUGUACAUUUUUGUGGUCCAUAUUUUGGAGGCUCUCAGGAGAAUGACACUCUGUUUGUGUAGGUUUUCAUUAUAAAAUGUGCAUGUGGGCUGUAGAAUAAACCAUUACAUAUAUUUGGA